CAACACCACGCAGUAAUCUCCUAGCUAUAGCUUUAAUUCUUCUCACCUACACAUUGCCCAAUCGACUACCUACCCCAUUGAGCCCCCUCUCAGAUUCGUAUUCAAUCCCAUUGAUUUACAAUCUUGUAUGCUCUUCUCCCGCAUCCUAAGGCGGAACCCGUUCACGGCCCCAUUCCGAAAGUUUACUAUAUCAGCCAAAAUGUCCUUGAAGGCCCUCUCCUCCAAAGAUGCCGCCUCCCUCGACAAGGACCUCAUGGAAACAGGGGGCUUCUCUCUGGACCAACUGAUGGAACUAGCCGGACUAUCAGUGUCCCAAGCCGUAUACCGGAUGCACCCGCCCAGCGCGGGAAAGAACAUUCUCGUGAUCUGCGGCCCGGGGAACAACGGUGGCGACGGCCUCGUAGCAGCGCGUCACCUCGCGCACUACGGCUAUACCCCAAGCAUCUACUACCCAAAGGAGGGCAAAAACGAGCUAUACCAGCGCCUCAAAACCCAACUCCAAAACCUCUCCAUCCCCUUCGUGACAGACCUCCCGGUAGCCAUCAAAUCCUCGCACCUGCUCGUGGACGCGGUAUUCGGGUUCUCCUUCGGUGGGCCGCUGCGGGACCCGUUCCCGGAGGUGAUCAGCCAGAUGGAGGCGGCGACGAUCCCCGUGUUGAGUGUCGAUGCGCCGAGCUCGUGGGAUAUCGAGAGUGGACCGCCGAAGGAAGGCCCCGGGGCGGGGUUCAUGCCUGAGGCGUUGAUCAGUUUGACGGCGCCGAAGCCGUGCGUGAAGUUCUACCGUGGGCGGCAUUUUGUUGGGGGUCGGUUUUUGACGCAGCCCAUUGCGGAGAAGUAUGGGUUGGAUGUGCCGGAGUAUCAGGGGGUGGAUCAGGUUUUGGAGGUCGGGGUGGAUGCUGAGGGGCGAUUGUAGGUUGUCUUUCAAUUGGUAGAGGUGGUUGCGUUGUAGUGGAGGGGAAGGGUUCAGGAAUUUGAAAAACCCUUGAGGAAGAGGGAAGGGGGAAGAAAUUCAUAAAGAACCUCCAAGGAGCAACUCCCUGUUCCCCUUUGUGCUACGAUGCAGGACAAACGAAAUGUCAUGUAUGUGCUCUGGUAGAGGUGCUUGACAGCCGUGAGUCAAUGUUUAAUUUCAUGCAGGUGUGCAUCGCUAUCGUU